AUCGUUGUCAAACUCAAAGAUUCCAGCUAGCAUGCCGUACGUUCGUCCUUUACGUGGAUUUCAGUUCAUGUCGAGCAUUCGCGGUGUGAAUAGAGGCUAGAAAAGAUCGCUAGUGACUUGUUUUUUUCUGACAGUGGUGUUUACAAGUUGUCCGGACAACAGCAGUGCUUCAUUGUCAUUUUACUCACCAGCAUGGCCCCGUCUGACUUUCGGGGAUUGAUUUUGAGUGAACGGGGGGACGGCUAAUCUGCUCUCUAAUCAAAAUUCCCAAAAUCGUCCACUUGAAGUGAAGUGCAGCAUGUCUCAGUGCAAGAAAUUCGCCCCGAAUAUUUUUCACAAGUCGAAAUGCUCCAACUGCUUUCGACAGAAAGAGGAGCACUCGGCGGAGGCCUUGGAAUGUAAUCGGGCUAGCAGAUCGAUAGCGCGCAGCGGGUAUCUCUUCGUGGCUCCUGACUGGGAUUUUUCAGUGCCACUAAAUAGGACAAAGAGAUGGCAGAGACGAUGGUUUGUCCUUUACGACGACGGCGAACUAAAUUACUCAGUGGAUGAACACCCAGACACCAUUCCUCAAGGAUCGGUCGACAUGACGAAAGUUCUGGAAGUAACCGGCGCCGAACAGAUAACUGGACAUCCCCACUCUUUGGCCCUCACCAGUCCAGAUCGUGUGACUUUCGUGAAGGCCGCAAGUCGCGAGGAUGCCCGUUGGUGGGCCGAGUUACUGGCCGUUUUUCCUCGGCGGCACAAAAGAAACGCCACUUUCCCAGGGGGAAGAGCCUCCCCCAGUCUGCCGCAGCUGGGGAGAAGCGCCAGUCCACAGCCGCCCCGGCCCAGGCAUCUAAGUGUGACUGGCCCUUCACCUCGCACCAACUUCGAAACGCCGCCACUCAAAGAGGAGCGAGAGGCGGCGCUGAAGGAGGAAAAGGCCGCAGUCAAAGUGGAGGCGGGGCCUGAUGCGAAGGAGAUUGAGGGGCGGCCGCCCUUAAGGCUGGGAUGGGCGCCCGAAAGGACUCCUGGCCUCACCAUUGAGAACGGGACUUCGUCCAUUCGGAAAGAUUACAUGGUGAGCUCUGGAUCGCCUCCCACAAGAGACAAGUUGCGUUGUGACGACAAAGCAAGGGCUCGACGUGAUUGGCGGAAUGAGAGAUUGCGCGAUAUCGCCACCGCCCUCACUGAUCGCUCACCCGAAUCUAGUCUGGCUCUGCCAGCCGAAGGCCUUUUGCAUCUGAAAAAAGGUUGGCUAUGGCUGAAAACUCCGGACAACGAGUGGCUGCGCCACUGGAUUGUACUGUGCGGACCCACCCUGAACGUCUACCAAGACCAAGACGAGCAUGGCGUUCCUGAGCUGUGCGUCGAAUUAUCCACAGUUACGAACUACACGGAAAUUCCGACCGAUUCAAAGUACGGCUUCGAAGUCCAAUGGAGUGGGCCUACGUUGACGCUGAGCGCUGUUACGCAAGGCAUCAGAUCCAACUGGAUGCAGGCGCUGAAGAAAGCAGCGCCGAUGCCAACCGAAAGCCCCGCCACGCCAAACACGCCCCGAUCAGUGCUGUUUUCCAGCGACGAAGAGUAUCGGACAGCUUCGGAGGGCGGCCGGCGUGAAAGUGGCGAUUGGAGCGAGCUCCCACCUUCACCUCCCUUUAACCGGCUGGGGCUUCGGGUGAAGGACCGAGCAAGACAAAGGCCGAGAUUACCGCGCUGCCAGUCCAGACAAUCCACCCUGGACAGCACCUCAACCGACGAGCUAGAUUGUGCCAAAGAUUCUUCAGAAAACCACCACAUCGAAUUGGCUGUGUUGAGCGACAACGAGAUCAUCUCCGACCUGCAGAAGCAGCUGGCCAGAUCUGCUCAAGAGGUGAACAACUUGGAGGAAGAAAUCGCCAGGUUGAAGAAACUCCAGUCCGAUGCAGCGCAGCGGGAGAAGAGGGCCAAGGACAUGCUGGCCAGCCUGGAGAAAGCCGAGCAGGAGUUAAACCAAAGAAACUCGCAGAUGGAACUUCAGUUCCUGAAGGAGCAAAAAGCCAUGCAGCGGCGCCUCGCCGAGUCUGAAGAGUCCUCGCGCACCUUCGAGCAAAAGUACGAGAUCCUACUGAGGGAGUUGCAGGCGAAGCAGCAGAUUCUAUGCAACCUGCAAGAGGAACUGGACAGCUCGAAUGAGCGACUGGAGCGCAGCCGGCAGGAAAACGACCGGGUGUACAAAAAGCUGCAGGAGCUGGACGCAAGAACUGUCAAGCCCAACAGCAUCCACAUGGACUCGCUAACUGAGCUGACCAACAUCAACUUGGAGGUCGACAUAGACGAGCUGGGCACUAACGAGCUGAAAGAAUACUGUUUAGACCUGAAAUGCCGCUUUGAAAAAGCGGUGAUUGAAAUCAGGGCGAUUAAAAAAGCGCUGCGCCACUCUGACGAUAACUGUGAUAGAUUAGAAAUCGCCAACCAUAGCUUGAAACAGAGCAUAGAAAUCCUCAAGCAGGAACACCAGGCGGAGGUGAAUCUGCUGGUCGUCAGGCUGGACCAUUUAACUGCGAAGCUGACGGCGGUUGAAAAGCAACUGCGGAUCAAGGCAAAAACCGACGCAAAAGACAAAAGGCGCUCGCUGUCGCUGAAGGGCCGCGAGAACUUUUCAAUCAACAAAGAGGUGGAGGACAAGGUGACUGAAUUGGAGGCCAAGAUACUGACGCUGGAAAAGGGAAGGCCGAAAAGGAGGUUCAGGCGCGAGCGCAGCAGCGAAAGAACGUCCCCAAUAGACGACAAGUCGCUGAGGCGGCUUCGCCGCAAAAGCCUGGACAGCGCCACUUCUUCAGAGCCAAUGAAACUCCUCAUGCGGCUGAGUUCGCUAGAAUCAAAAGUAUCCAACGUGAAUGCCUCUACAGAGUCGCUGAACAUGCACAGCAGCAGCGUCUCGGAUCUGACGAAACUAGCCGAAGAAAGCGACAACUUUGAUGGCAUGUUGAUGUCGGCUAGAGCCAAAGUACUCGAAUGUCUUCACUCGGUGAGCGUUCUCAAAAGCAAACGCUCAUCUCUGAGCUCAGAGCGACUCGUUUUUCUCGAAACCACCUUGAACGAACUAAAUGCGAUUCUAAGCAGCGGCGAUUCGAGAUAUAGUUUAAGUUCGGCCGAGGCCAGCGUCGUCAACGCCUCGGCUGAAGCUGUGGUCAAGCAGCUGCAGCAAAUACUCCUAGAAAAGCUAACGUGUUUAGCUGAGAAGAAAAGACUGUUGUUAGAAAGCGGUAAGUUAGAUGCUAGAGCCAGACUACAGAUCUUGGCUGAAAAAGUCGCAUACGAGAAUGUGCUAGUUGAUAGGAUACAAGAAGCUUUAAAUUCGCCCGUAACAGGCGACGCCAUUUGCACGAGAUUAAUCGACAAAGAAACCAAGGAAACUGCGUAUUUAAUUAUAGCUUUGCAGAACAAGUUGAAUGGAACGAGCCAGAAGCAGCCGCCGAUAUGCAGAACCAGUGCGGAGUAUUUGAGCAAAGUGCUGGCCAAGUGCUUGUUGGCGGUCGGCCAGGGCUUUAAAAUGUGCAAAAACUUCGUGCAGAAUAACGGGCCGUCGUUGCAUAUUCUCUGCGAAGAACAGCAAAAGCUCGAUGUUCUACUGGACGUUUACAAGGCGACAAAGUUACCACAGUUGGCCGAAGCGCUGGCCAAUGAGGCCUACAACAUCUCCACCGACCAGUCCUGCCGGAUUCGGUCGCUCAGCCCAGAAACCACACAGGAGUUCAGCAGAACGGCGACGAAGAUCGUCAACCAGGAACUGAUCCAGUCGGAAAUCAACCAUGUGCUUCUAAGGGCCGCGCAGAUUUAUCAGUCCCAUCUGGAUGCAGACCAUUCGUUUUUCUUCAGUUUCUUCGCUUCUGAGCGGGCUGCGCUCGAACUGUGGUCCGACUCCGUGAGCGACUGCUUGUUCCACGAGAUCAACCAAAGCGUGUCUGAGCUGACGGACCUUUACAGAAACAGCCUGAACAAGCUGCAGCGGCAGAACUGGAGACGCCGCGUCGAGUCGGAACGAUGCAGCCGCACGGCCUCCAACUUGCUGCAUGAAUUUGCCGACAUCAUAGCGCACAAGUCCCUGAUCGACGCCAGGAUUAACGUUCUCAGCGGCAAGUGCAACAUUUCGCAAGACUUUGCAUGCAACGUCGACGCCAGCACGUUGUCCAACUGGCUGGAGAACGAGAAGGGCUGGAUGGGCUUGGAGAGCCAUCCUCUGGUCCAGAUCAACCACAGCUUGGAGUCGGAGUUUGAGUGCAUGCUCGAACGAUUCACCAUGGAGUGUUUUGCCAUUCUGCGACAGCCUGAGCUAGAACAGGUGAUGGUGUACUUGGAGGAGUUUCAAGUGAAAAUCGAAGAACUCCAAGGUUUGGUCAAGGUUCCGAAGGACCAGCCCCACCUGACGGUGGCUAGUUGGAACGACGUGUGCCAAAAAUGUAGAAACCUGCGAACUAGUCUGGAAACGAUCAAAAGCGCCAUUGCAAACAACGACUCAUCAACCAGCAAUGCCAGGCCCGAUAAUCAGACAGACCAAAGACCAGUAUACUUGGGCACCGAGUACCUGACUCAGGUGGAAAAUCUACGGGCAGCCUACCGGUGUGCGCUGGCCUCCUGCAAGGAGCGCCAUCAAGAGUCGGACAUUGAGCAAUUGCAGCAGUUAUGUGAAAAAGUCCUAAGCUCGAUGGAACAGUGGCAUAGAAGAACAAUUCAAGAUCUGCGAGAAGUGCAUGCACAGGAAGUGGAAUUGUUGAAACAGGAAAAGGAACAAGCCUUGGCCGAGGAAACGCAAGCGACGUUGGCUGCUUUGGACGCGAUGCGAAAAGCCCACGUAGCUGAGGUUCAAAGAGAAGUAGCAAGGUUCAAGCAGGAGUUCGCCCGGCAACAACGAGACGAAAUUCUGGACCUUUCGGAGCGAUUGUCUGUUAAGUCGUUGGAAGCGGCAGCUCUUGAAGAGCAGCUGGGCAGCGCCACUCGACAGUUGGCUCAUGCACAGCAACACAUUCUGCAGCUCGAACGGAACCCCCAGCUCUCACCUAUGCAGAACUGACGGUGUGUAUCCGUGACGAGCGCAAAACCCUACUAGUCUUUAAUAAGCCUCAAUACGUAUACCAGUGAAUUAACAAUACUUUAGUACAAUAUUAUCGAGUUAAUGUUUCACCGUUGUGUACAGAUCAUAGCACCCUGUUUGUUUGUUCAUAAGCUGUUUGAUCAAUUAAUACUUUUAUAGAUGUUUUCAACUUAUUUAUACGUGUACCUCAUUCACCCCCCUUCAGGGCCGAUCCGUUCUGAUUCGUUCCAUUAGUCAAUGUGCGACUAUUAAAACGCCAUCGGUUGUGUUCGAUAGCCGGUGUACAAAACGUAUUGGUAAUUUUUUUUGUAACAGUUUAUUUGUUUAUGUGUUGGGUUUAUAUGGAAUGUUUACAAAUGAAAAUAUAUCAGUUAUCAAGUUA